AUGUCAGUUUCUGGAAAUAAAUUAUUUAAUUCUUUACCGGAAAAUAAUACUAAAAAUUGUCACAACAACAUUCUCAAUUAUUUCAAAAAUGGACAAGAAUUACUCGAUGAGCUGACUAAUUUGGCUUCUAUCGCCUAUCAGCGUUGCCAAUCGAGAAAAACAAAAGAGGGAAAAGGAAAAGAUGAAUCAAUGUGUAACGGAGAAGACAAAAUUGAACAAGUUGAAUCUUCAGAUAAUGAAGCUGAUAUUUGUGAUGCAACCAAACAGCGUCGAAAAGCUUUAGAAACAAUUGCUGCCAACAACAAAAAUUUACCUAAAACAAUUGAAAGUGAACAAGCCAUAAAAGAACGUUCAGAACGUAAAUUGGAUAGAGCUAAAAGACGUGCCCAAAAUAGUCAAUUAGUUCGUGAAUUACGUGAUGAAUUGGAGGACAGACCAGAGGAAAUAAGAGAAGAGAAUCCAGUUUUUGGUAUAUUUUUAUUUAAGGACAGGCCCGUAACCAGGGGGGGGGGUGGGGGGGGGGAAUUCCCCCCCCCCCCCCCCGAAAUGGGAAAAAGGAAAAAAUUUGGGGAAGGGCUGGGGCAAAAAAAGUGA